CUUAAAGCUAUGCAGUGGCACAUAGGCAAAAAUUCUCCGUCUGCCAUGUUUGCCUUUGCUGUUUUGCUCGCAUGCAGCGUUUGGUCCGGCGAAGCGGCACCAGAAGGUAGCAUAGCAGCUGUAGAGUUAGAGAAACGCUUCGAGCAGCUCAAGGCGAUGGCCAGUGCAGAGGGGAAAGCUGCUGAUCCUGAAUUUCUUCAGAUGAUGGAGGACCUUGAGAAGCAACUCCAGGGGCUGAAGGAAGGACAAGAACAGUUACAAAAAUCGCAGGAAGAGGCUGAAAGGUCUCGCAAACAGACAGCAAUGGAAGAUAGCACGUGGGUAGCAGCUUGUUUCGCAAUGGCGACGGAAAGCUUAGGUGGCUCUCUGUCCAAGGAGCUCUUUGAAGCUGUUGGGCGAGCCGCAGAGGACAACAUGACAUUGGAAGAGGCAGCUGAGCUGCCGCUGUUCCGAAUGGCAACCGUCUGUUUGGGGAAGCGGCUGGACGAAGGUGAGACUGCCCGUACACAAGAGAUGUUCAAGCACGUGACCAUGGGUUUGAAGAGAGGUAGAAAACCUCCUCCAUUGCCCGAAGCCUGGGUGGAAGAAUCAGCAAGUGAUGAGGUUAAGGAGCAGGUUAGGCACUUGUCUCCCUGGGCGUGGAAUUUGCUGAAGAUGCAGGCUGGGGGUGCUGUAUACAACAGCAAGUGGUACAAUCGAGGCCCUCCAUCGUUCUUCUUGGUUUUUGCACUGCCUGUGCCACUUUACUAUGCAGUUCAGUGGUUGCUCAGGAAAUUGCGCGGAGAACCAGGGCCGCCAGAAAUCAAGGAUGACAAGAAGAAAGGUGAUGCGAAGAAAGUUGCCAAGAAAGACAAGGAGGACAAGGAGGAAGAGAAGAAGGAAGACAAGAAAGACAAAUGAAUUUAAAAGAAA